AUGCUGAUUGGAGGUAGCAGGUGCCCAAUUGAAGUACUGUGCCCAACGGUCCAACCGUUCUCCCUCACUGGAUAUGGGAGAGCAGUUUUGGGCCCUAAUAGUUUCGUUGACAAGAAUAUUACGAGGUCAUUCGAACUAAUUAGGUGGAACAGUCUGCGGGCGUUUUCAGCAUUUUUCGAACCUUCCAGGUCUUUGGCCUUUCGGUUACGCCAUGCUUUUCGAUCUGCACGGACACUCAGUUUCACCUGGGGUUGGGUGAUGCCCCGAAGGCAGUUGUGUUUGCGGCCGGGAGGAAACUGUCGAUUCAAAGCUACAGUCCGUUGGAGCUUAAACAGGUACAAUAAACAGUGUGAGAUGGACCAUAAUUUAUCGAGAUUCCUUCACAGACGUUGCCAAACGAACAGCACACUGGCGACUGUCAACGGGUAUGAAGUCGAACGGAGUGGCUACCGCUGUACCACUCAAUACAAUACCCAUGUCGGCAUAUCCAACUGCAUUGGAUUCCGCACUAUCAGAGGUGCGCAGCCGAAACCUAGAAGAGAGCGAGGGGACGAUCAGUUCAGUCACACAAGUAAGGUGACCCGGCUGGUGACACCACGCGACGGCCGAUGUGGAAUAACAGUAUUGUUAGUUAGUUGUAUGUUGGCUGGGAUGCUACCAGAACCCCCUGACUUAGACAGAAGGACGAUUAGGGUCCUCGACCAAGACCUUUGGCUCACAAGCCUGAUCACAAGACAGUGGUAUUUGGCAGGAAAUGUAAGUGCAUCAUCACUUUCAAACCGCCAUACCUUUAAAAAUCCAACCUGUCCGGGCCAAUCUGGUGUGAGACUGUUGAGUGCCGCACGGACACCAUCCAGUAUAGCUUACUGCCUGGAUUUUAUUGUUUCAGCACAUACCCUUAAAAGUUCCAGCGUUCGUCGAAUUUACCUCAUGCUUGGCUCAUUCCAAGUAGAUCUCCUCCCACGUGAGCUGCCUCAUACCACAAUCAUCUCAUGUUUACAUGACGGAGCCGUGUUCAGAGGCUCACAAAAGUCGAAAGGAAAGGAGUACGAGGUUGAAGUGACCAUUCAGGCUGUCCGCCUGCCUCAAAAAUGGUUAUGUGGAUAUCUGAAGAUGGACAACCUUACUAAGUCCAACGCCAGCUUAACCACAUAUUUUGAAGGUGAAAUCAUUAGCCGAGUGCAUCCAUUUAUCACCGGUAAGUGGGAUGCGUCGGUGGAAACUGAUGUGGCGCAUUGGCGGAAAAUAGCAAAUGGUACUUUGCCAGACCAGUUUGACGAUGAUUCUUUUGACUAUUCACAGUUGGAGAUGUCAGACACCAUUUUUAUGCGUUGGAAGGAAAGGUUUUUGUUACCCGACCCACGUGUCAAAGAAGUGGACGGCGCGUCUUAUGCCGGGUUUUACUACAUCGGUUUGAAGAAAUCCACAGGAGAGAUCACUGGCUUCUACUAUCAUCUGGAUUCUGAAAAGUUCCAAAAUCUGCAACUCAAAUACAGACCAGAGGAUGUGCCGUCAGUAUUUCAGCUCCGCUGA